CUUGCUUGGUUUCCUUUAACGUUAGUCCUUCCCGCUGUCAAAAACAAACAAUGGCGUGGAUUCCGAUCUAAAAGCCCCACGAGCGGUUAUUUGCGGCGGCCUUUUGGUUCACACGGUUUCCACGUCGGCUUCCGUAGUUCCCCCACUUUUCCCCACCAUGGCGGCGUGGCGGCAGCUCCCCGGAAGGGCGCGCGCUGCCCCCGGACUCCUCACCUCCACCCGGUUGACACAGCUGCCCAGGGACCGGCGUGCACCUUUAACCUGCCGUAGGAGCCUGUGCACGAGUGGAUCUUCCCCAAAUGACUACUUUAAAGACCUGCAGGCUCAGCUGGCAGGAAUGAAGAAGAAAGCUGCAGAUGUUCUUCCAGGCAGCAGCUGGACUUCUCUGGAGAUCAACACCGACCUGCCUCCUAAGAGGGCGGACAUCGUGAUCGUGGGAGGGGGCGUGGUGGGAUGGUCCAUCGCCUACUGGCUGAAGCAGAAGGAGAGGGUGCGAGGAGGGGUGCAGGUCAUCGUCGUGGAGCGGGAUCCAACCUACACCCAGGCCUCCACCGUGUUGUCAGUGGGGGGGAUCCGCCAGCAGUUCUCCCUGCUCGAGAACAUCCACCUCUCGCUGGCCUCCGCAGACUUCAUGAGGAACAUCAAUGACCAUCUGGGUGUUUUGAAUGAGGAGCCCGUGGACCUGCAGUUUAACCACUCGGGGUACCUCUUCCUGGCCAACGAGAAGGUGGCUCACAUCAUGGAGGAGAACUACAACACCCAGAGGCUUGCCGGAGCCAAAGUGUCUCUUCUCUCCCCGACACAAGUGAAGGAGAAGUUUCCGUGGAUCAACACAGAGGGCGUGGCGCUGGCUUCGUACGGGUUGGAGAACGAAGGCUGGUUUGAUCCCUGGACUCUCCUCAACGCCUUUAAGAGGAAGGCCAUCUCCAUGGGCGUCACUCAGUUCUGUGGGGAAGUCACAGGUUUUAAGACCUUAACGAAUAUUAUGACAACUAUCGAUGACGAAAAAGUGGGAGUACAGAGAAUCAAGUCAGUCAAAGUUCAGAUGCCCAACAGUCUGCAGUACCAGCUGGUAGACUGCGCCGUCGUGGUGAACGCGGCAGGGGCCUUUUCUGGAAAACUGGCCGAGAUGCUGGGAAUUGGCCUCGGCCCUAAAGACUCCUUCUCUGGAAUUCCAGUUCCAGUCGAGCCUCGGAAGAGGUAUGUGUACGUAGUCCACUGCCCUGAUGGUCCGGGUCUGGAUACUCCACUUUUAAUCGAUUACUCUGGAGUUUACUUCCGGAGGGAGGGCUUAGGAGGGAACUACAUCACAGGAAUGUCACCUGAGGAGGUGGAGGAGCCAGACACCAAUGAUCUGGAGGUGGACCACCAGUUUUUCCAGGACAAAGUUUGGCCCAAAUUGGCGAACAGAGUUCCUGCGUUUGAGAAGCUCAAGGUGAGCAGCGCCUGGGCGGGCUUCUACGACUACAACACCUUCGACCAGAACGGCAUCAUCGGCAUGCACCCUCUGAUCAACAACAUGUACUUCGCCACCGGCUUCAGCGGCCACGGCCUGCAGCACUCGCCCGCCGUGGGUCGCGCCGUGGCAGAACUCAUCCUGGACGGGAACUUCAAAACUCUGGACCUCAGCAACUUCGGAUUCAAGCGGAUUGUGGAGCAGGAGCCCAUGUUGGAGAGGAACAUUGUGUGACAGAGCGCCCGUCAUUCUGGAAUGCCUCCGUUAAACAGAAAGACUCAAAUUUGCCACAUAAAAUUAGGCAUCUGUGGAAUCCGCGGUUUCUGGACGACCCAAGGAUGGUUUUUGGGGGGAUUUUUGUGGACAUUUGGCUUUUAAAAGGGAAGGCUUUUUUGUUUUGAGAGAAAAUCUGCUGAAGAGAAAAGGCCUGAAAAGAGCUGAGGGAGGCGAGCCAACUGUUGACUGCCCCCCAAGCUGUGUAACUUGUAAAAAUGCCAAAAAUCCAGCCUUCUGCUCCUCAAACUCCAGUGGAGCUGUUGUGUGGUGCCGGCUCACAGACAGCUGCUGCUUUGUUUCACAUUCGUUUAGGCAAAAAUCCUACAAAUGUCCUCAGUCUAAACGGGGAUGAUCCACUUCUCUCUUCCUGAGUUUCUCUAACAAAAAGGGUUGACUUACAAAAGAAGAAAGAAAAGAUUUAAAGAAAUCUUUUGUUGUGUCUUUGAAAUAUGAUAACUAUUUCAGCCUUUUUAUGAAGUCGCACUCAUUGUCUCACAUAUCCCAGGUCCUAGUAUUUUAAAUAUUUGUUGAAUUAUGACAAACGUUAAUAGAAAAUGUUUCAUUUUUUAGCCCAUUAAAGCAACUAUUUGAACAGUUUAAAAACUGUUUCGUUGUUAUUAAAAUGCAACACUGUUUUAGUUUAGGAAUCGGCACAAAUAUUUUUAGUUUAAAGUCCCGCUCCGAUCAUCUUUUGAUCUAUUUUCAACGCGUUCCCGGUGGUUUUUUAAUUGUAAUGAUGACGUUUUAGCCAAAGUCAAAGAACUGGCGAGCAAUAUAGGGGCUAUCCAGCCGUACAGUUUAGAUCCAGAUCCCUGCUUGGACGAGGAAACCAAAGACCUUCAUGGAUCUAUGUGUCUGACAGUGGAUGAUCAGAAUGGAGCAAAGCUUGGCUCGUCCAUUUCAUUGGUGUGUCACAACAGAGAGCUUUUUUGGGCUGCA